AUGUUUGGGGGAAUAUUCUUCCAAUCAGAAGGCGAAGACGGUUCUAUUUCCCGGAAAACAAUCACGGUACGGUAUGGGUAUAUCACCUUUGUUGUCUCCCUGCUGUUCGUGCUUGGGAUCCCCUUAUCGGCCUGGUUGUAUGACCAAUUUCUCUACAACUUGACCUCGCGAAUCACAGGAAAAAUCAACACGAUACGGCUAAGAAGUAAUGUCUUGACAGUGAACUUUCCCGUGAUCAAAAUUUUACUUUUUUGGGUUCCUGUGCUGGGCGUGUUGUCGUGCCUGCAAGUGUAUGGCGACUUCCAUUUCUUAGCAGCAAGGUUGGGAAGAGUGGCUACUUACUGUCUCCCCACGAUAUUUUUUCUUACUCUAAGACCGUCACCCCUACCAGAUACGCUGUAUCUAUCAUUGGUACCCAUUCACAAGUGGUUAUCCAGACUGGUUGUGUUGAUGGGAUUGGCCCACACAGGUCUGUACUUAUGGUACAUGACUUUGAAACACACGCUGUACAAGUUGCUCAAGUUCAAAAAUGUGACCGGGAUAUUGGCCACUAUUGCAUUUGUUAUCAUUGUGGUGACUUCGCUGCCUUUUUUCAGAAGAAAAUACUACAAUUUCUUCUUCAUCAACCAUUACAUCUGUUCCUGGAUCAUUGUGAUCUCGCUCUUUUUCCACGCAAGACCAGGAAUUCCAUAUAUCACCGCAUUGAACACCGCGAUCCUGCUGUACCAGAUAUACUAUAGAGUCUCCAUGACAAAGGCGUCAAUGUUGGAUGUUGUGGACAUUUCAGCAAACAUUCAACUGGUGAUAAUACCCAACGAGGGAAUCCCAAAGAAGUCUGGCAUCCCUGGGUGUCACAUUCGCAUGAUAGACUAUGAUCCGUCGUUUCGCUUGAAGUCGCUAUGGAAGAACUACCUGGCUCCAAUCCAGCACCCCUUCACGCUCUCCACGUUAGCUGGAGACGAAACGCAAAAGCUCAUUAUCCGUAAAGGCGCCUUUGAGCUGAACAACGAGAAAAAGUACCUCCUAACCGGAGCUUACUUGCCGUAUCUUCGUUUUAUCAAGCCAAGGAGAAGGGGAAAUUCAAGAUCGCUGAUGUUCAACGUCAAGGCCAAAAGAUGCCUGAUUAUCGUGGGAGGAUCGGCCAUAAGUUAUGCCUUGCCUGUCAUGAGGAUCCUGAACUACAACGGAUGCGUGGCUAAAAUCAUCUGGGUCGUGAGAGAAUACGAAGACUUGAAGGUGUUGAACUAUUACCAGAACAUCUUCACAGACGACGAUUGCAUUGACAUUUUCAUCACUGGAAAGUAUGAUACAUUUGAGAAGGAAGCGUUCAUGGCUGACACCGCCGAAUUAAGGAGAAGGAGAUCUGAGAGGGACAUCAGAGAACAGAACAGGGUGUUGAAUCAAGAGACCGAGAUUGAUUUCAACAUGCCAACUCCAAAUGUUUCUGCUAAGUCUCCACGCAAUUUCUCAGCAACUGAUAGUCUGGCAUCAGACCCUUAUAAUUACUAUUAUGGCAGUGCCAUUGAUGACGAUCUGGAGUCCGGACUUUCUCCCAAAGAGCACUAUAGAAGUGCUCUAGCGGCAAAACAUCGCAACAGCUCGGGCUCUCUGAGAAACAAAGCGACGUACUCCUUCACCGAAGAGAACACAUUUGAAAACGUCGAUGUUGAUUUGGACCGAACAUGCGACAGGCCCAGACAGGUUUCCGACAGCAGUGGAAUUUGCGAAAACAAGGAUAACGAGUUCUGCUAUGAUCCGAAGUUGGGUCGAGUAUCAUCAAAAGCAUUGUCUUCUGGAUUUUCUGCAGGGUUGAUUCCAGUUGGAUCUCCAUCCAUUCAGACCGAAAAGCUGGACAACUACUGGAUCCUCGGGAACAUGAGCUGUCGCAUUGAAUUCGGACGCCCCAAAUUGGGUGUGUUCUACUAUAACUGGUGUGUUAAAUCCAGUUGUAUCGGACCUUUGGUCGAUCUCAAAACGGGUCAGAGUGUUUGCUGCAAUGAGAUACCUGUUAAUGGUACCAAACAGAAGAGCAAUUCCGGUCUUAAGUACAAGAAGUCGAAUGGAAAGCUACUGGGCACCGAAGACGAGGAUGAGCUCUUCUUGAAUGAACGCUUCAUUAGACACAGGAAUGAUCGUCUGGCGAAUCCCAGUCAGUCUCAGGACAAAAUUUGGGUCGUUGCUGCUGGACCUGUUGGCUUGGUGAACAACGUGAGUCUGUGGGCAAGGGAUUGUGGGUUUCACUUCCACGCCGAGAGUUUCAGCAUAUGA